AUGCGUUUCGCUCUUGCUACCGUUGCCCUCGCCGGUGCCGCCCUGGCCCACGGCCACGAGGAGGAGGCCCAGAGCACUGUUUACUCGACCGAGUACUACACCAUCACGUCGUGUGCCCCGGAGGUCCCUGACUGCCCGGCCACCGCCACCGUCGUCACGUCCUCGGUCGUCUCCCUGACCACCUCGACCGUCUACAGCACCACCACCAAGACGAUCACCGACUGCCCGGACACCGUCUCCAACUGCCCGGCUGACUCCACCACCGUGGUCACCGAGACCGUCGCCGUCUCCACCACCGUCUGCCCGGUCGAGCCCACCGAGACCCCUGAGCAGCCCGAGGAGACCGCCACCGAGAGCCCCGAGGAGCCUGAGGAGACCGAGACCCCCGAGGUCCCGGAGCCCUCCGGCUCGUUCGUUGAGCCCCCCGUCGUCAGCUCCACCCUCGUCACUGAGGCCCCUGCCUGCCCCACCACCUCCGUCAAGACCAUCAAGACCUCCAUCACCACGGUCAUCCCCACCAUCAUCUACGAGACCGUCGAGGUCCCCUGCGAGACCGCCGCUCCCCCCCAGAGCACCCCCUCGUCGGUCCCCACUGGCACCCGCCCCGGCGGCCCCAUCGAGACUGCCGGUGCCGCCACCUUCGGCGCCUCGGCUCUCUUCGCCGCUGCUGCCGGCCUCUUCGCCCUCAUGGCUUAA